AGCAGAACUUCAACAAUAGAUCUUCAUCAACACUCAGUAGCCAUGACUCUCCUGCUGACCGUGCUGGGAGCCGUGCUCUGCUCCUUCUCCGUUUCUGCUCAAGUCGUACCGCAGGCUGACUUCAACAUACAGGGGAUGGCAGGGAAGUGGUACCUGAUAGGAUUUGCCACGAAUGCCCAGUGGUUUGUGAACCGCAGAGCCGACAUGAAGAUGGGCACCACCAUGUUGACCCCGACUGCUGAUGGGGACCUGGACAUGUCCUACGCCAGUCUCAGCUCUGAUGGCUCCUGUUGGAGAAUGAACAACCUGGCCAAGCAGACCAAUGUGCCCGGGAAGCUCACGUACACAAGUGAGCGCUGGGGCAGUGUGAACGAGAUGUCGAUGGUGGAUGUGAAGUAUGACGAGUACGCGCUGAUUCACACCAUUAAGAUCAAAGGGAGUGAUCCCACCGUUGUCACCAAACUAUAUGGCCGUGGAGUGGAGCUCAGCGCCGACCUGCUGGAGAGGUUCAGGCAGUUCUCCUUGGGGACUGGUGUCCUGCCAGAGAAUAUCGCUUUCCUUCCCACAAAUGCGGAGUGCCCAGCUGCUUAACUUCCCGCUCCGGUGUCUGUAUGUCAACAAGCUUUCUGAAGACUUCAUGAAUAUUCUACAUCUAUCGGUGUUUAACGCCAAUACUCAUUUUAUUUUGUUUACACUGCUCUUUCAGAUGUGGUGUUAAGAACAUAAUGCCACUAAACAAUGUAAAGCCUGGUUUCAAUAGAAUAUGCUUUGCUUUAAUUCACCAGCAGUUGUAAUCUGUAUGUACUUCAGACAUGUUUGAGACAUUAAAUGCUCUGCUUUGAAUGCC